CCGACGCCGAAGCGCACCUCCCCUCCGCCUCGCACCGCUUCUAGCUUCAAAGGAGGAGAAAAGCCCAUUUCAAUGAUGUCAACAGAAUGUGUUCAGCCACUUGAUAUCCCAGAAGACAGACUGGACAAGCGAGAUUCACACUGUAACCAUUUAGAGGAUCUUUCAGAGCAGCUGAUUAAGAGCUGUGACCUCAAAAAGAAACCAAGAAAAGGUAAAACCAUCCAGGCUUCCCAAAACACUGAACAGGAGCAAAAAAAGCCAAGGAGGAAAGAUACACCGGCUUUACACACCCCACCACCCUUAACAGGCAUACUUUCAGACUUUUCUGAUAAUCUGCUGAAAAGAUAUGGUAUCACAGAGAAGCCACAGAGAGAGAGAGUGAGUCCAGGCUCUCAGAUCACCGAACUGGAGCAGAAAAAGCCCAGGAGAAAAGAUACACCUGCAAUACACAUCCCACCCUUGAUAAUAGGCACUAAGCUGCUUACAGAAGAAAAGCAAACAGUGAUUAUGGAAGAUGAAGAAAAGGAUGGAGACACAAUCCCCAGUUAAGAUUACAGUGAUAUUUCCAAUAAUGCAGUGUAAAUAAUUCUGGGUCAUUCAAAGUGGCAGCACAUAGAAAAAACAGUCCUUUCAUUUUUAUAAAUAAUAUUUUUCUCAAGCAUGCACUUGAAUUUAAAUUAUCUUCAAGUGCUUAUCUGCAUCUCAUGAAAUCCCAGCAAGCAUCAUAGGAGAUGAUGACAGAAAUUUCACUCACACGUGGGGCUGGAAGGAUUCUCUUGGUUUACUGAAAGCAGCUUCCCAGGACUUUUGUCAAUGAGGAAUCCCCCUCAGAUCAGAUCUAGCUUUGUGCAGCGUGGUGAUAAGGGUUAACACAAAGGACUGCACCAAUCCACUGCACCAGGCACUAGGUACCAGAGCGCUUGGUAGCAGAGGGCCGUAAAACGUAACUCAUGAUUCCAAUCGCAUUUUUCUCCUGACUUUUCACCUCAUACGUCCAGCUUUCCUCUGCUGCAGUAACACCGACUGCAGUGCAAAUUCCCCUGGGCAGAGCUGAUGGGAUAGAUGGAGGGAGUGGGAGGGCAGGAAUCAACCAGCUCUGGAGUCCCUGAAAUGCAAAGCAAAUGCUUCCUCUGCCUGUAUCUGCUCAUGACUUGUAUUUGUGAGGAGAAAGAGGUGGAUUUACUGUAGUACUAAAACUUAUAGCUAAGGGCUGUCUACACUGACACAUCAAAGAGGACGGAGGGCAGAGCUCUCAGAAGAGAAACACACGGGAAGCGCAGCGCCUGCCUGUUACACCAGGGUCGACUACUGAUUUUUUUUUUUUCCUUUCAAAGGUUUUAUUCCUGGGUUGGUGAAAGAUAAACUAGUUGGAUAGUUGAUCCUUUUCCUCCGUAUUUUUUCUUUUGACAUCUGCUUUUUAAACUGAGUCCUAGAUUGUCAGUUAGGAGAGGCCAUAAAGAUUAAAAAUCACAGCGGGAGAGUAAAAAUUGAGUGAAAGGAACAGCGUUACUCAAUAGUAUACACAUACUGCAAGGUGGAACAGCACCACGCUUUUUGUUUAAUAGUUUACCUCAUUGAUCCAAUCAAGAAUUGUUUUCACAGCCAGCUACAGCCUUCAGCACUUGUACAAACAGAGACGGGUACUUGUAGAAUAUUAUACAAAAUAGGUAGAACCAUGUAGUUUUGUGCUUACCUUAAUAGCUCUGUGCGCUAGAUGGAGCAGCACUGCCAGCGGUUAAAGAUUAUCUAGCCUGGCAGACUGAAUUCAGUUAUCUUUUUAACACCCUUAGGCAGACAGCUGAGGAGCACACUAGUUUGGACUUCAUUUGCCACAGUGACUGACCCAGCAUCUUUCAUGAGAACGCAAUCCAUUCGCAGAUAUUCAGCUUCAAGUUGUAACCAACAAGCUUAUAAUAAAUAACCGUGUAUUAAAGUGUACAAGAGGCCAGCUAUAUUAUUAAUGGGAUGCCUGAUACCUAGGAGGUGUACUUUUUUUUUAUCCUGCUGAUCUAUCAGUGAGAUGGGAUAAUAUUUAAA